UGCGGGGCUCGGAAGAUGGCUGCGGAGCCCAGCACCGGGCAGUGGCUGCGGCGGCGGCGGCGGCGGCUGGCGGGGAGCGCGGCGGGCGGGGGCUCCGCCUGGUGCGUGGGGCGCUGAGCCGAGAGGCGCGGAGGCGGCGAGGGCGCGUGGGGGGCAUAGGGGGCCGCUGGGCACCUCCCCCCGGGUCAGCCGCCGCAAGAUGGGCAGCGCGGAGGACGCGGUCAAAGAGAAACUGCUGUGGAACGUGAAAAAGGAGGUGAAGCAAAUCAUGGAGGAGGCUGUCACCAGGAAGUUUGUGCAUGAAGAUAGCAGCCACAUCCUUGCUCUGUGUGGUGCGGUGGAGGCUUGCCUCCUGCAUCAGCUGAGGCGCCGCGCUGCCGGCUUCCUGCGCAGUGACAAGAUGGCAGCCCUGUUCACCAAGGUGGGGAAGACGUGCCCAGUGGCCGGGGAGAUUUGCCACAAGGUGCAGGAGCUGCAGCAGCAAGUGGAGGGCAGGAAACCCUUGGCAGGCAACCAGGAGACCCUGCGGAGACAGGGCUCUGCCAGCGGGAAGGCCCCAGCCCUCAGCCUGCAGGCCCUGAAGCACAUAUGGGUGCGCACAGCGCUGAUCGAGAAAGUGCUGGACAAGGUCGUGCAGUACCUGGUGGAGAACUGCAGCAAGUACUACGAGAAGGAGGCAUUACUGGCAGACCCUGUGUUUGGCCCCAUCUUGGCCUCUCUUCUAGUGGGACCCUGUGCCUUGGAGUAUACCAAGCUCAAAACAGCCGACCACUACUGGACCGACCCCUCUGCUGAUGAGCUGGUCCAGAGACACCGUAUCCGGGGUCCCCCGCAUCGCCAGGACUCCCCUGCGAAGCGCCCAGCCCUAGGAAUCCGUAAGCGACACUCAAGCGGCAGUGCGUCGGAAGACAGGCUUGCCGCCUGCGCCCGCGAGUACGUGGAGUCGCUGCACCAGAACUCCAGGGCCCGGCUGCUCUACGGCAAGAACAACGUGCUGGUGCAGCCGAAGGAGGACAUGGAGGCUGUCCCUGGCUACCUCUCCCUCCACCAGUCUGCAGAGAGCCUCACUCUGAAGUGGACCCCCAACCAGCUCAUGAAUGGGACUCUGGGGGACUCUGAGCUGGAAAAGAGCGUCUACUGGGACUACGCCCUGGUCGUGCCCUUCAGUCAGAUCGUGUGCAUCCACUGCCACCAGCAAAAGAGCGGCGGCACGCUCGUGCUGGUGAGCCAGGACGGCAUCCAGAGGCCCCCGCUGCACUUCCCGCAAGGGGGCCACCUGCUAUCCUUCCUGUCCUGCCUGGAGAACGGCCUUCUGCCUCGAGGGCAGCUGGAGCCCCCACUCUGGACCCAGCAGGGGAAGGGGAAGGUGUUCCCCAGGCUACGGAAGCGCAGCAGCCUGCGGUCCGUGGACGCGGAGGAUGUGAGCACAGGGCGAGCGACCGACUACGUGUUCCGGAUCAUCUACCCUGGCCACAGACACGAGCACAUCACUAUUAACUACCACCACCUAGCGGCCAGCCGCGCGGCCUCGGUGGACGAUGAUGAGGAAGAGGAGGAUAAACUACACGCGAUGCUCUCAAUGAUCUGCUCGCGGAACCUCACAGCUCCCAAUCCGAUGAAAGAUGCUGGCGACAUGAUCGAGAUGCAGGGCUUUGGGCCCAGCCUGCCAGCCUGGCAUCUACAGCCCCUGUGCAGCCAGGGCUUCUCCUGCCUCUCCUGCUCCACCAGCAGCUCCCCCUAUGCGCCCCCCAGCCACUGCAGCUGUGUACCUGACCGGUUGCCCCUCAGGCUGCUGUGUGAGAGCAUGAAGAGGCAGAUCGUGUCCCGGGCCUUCUACGGCUGGCUGGCCUACUGCCGCCACCUGUCCACCGUGCGCACUCACCUGUCAGCGCUGGUGCAUCACAACAUCGUCCCGCCCGCCCGGCCCCCGGGGGCCUCGGGGGGCCUCACCAAGGACGUGUGGAGCAAGUAUCAGAAGGACGAAAAGAACUACAAGGAGCUGGAGCUGCUGCGGCAGGUCUACUACGGAGGCGUGGAACAUGAGAUCCGCCAGGACGUCUGGCCGUUCCUGCUUGGCCACUACAAGUUUGGCAUGAGCAAGAAGGAGAUGGAGCAGGUGGACACAGUGGUGGCAGCGAGGUACCAGCGGGUGUUGGCGGAGUGGAAGGCCUGCGAGGUGGUGGUGAGGCAGCGGGAGCGGGAGGCUCACCCGGCCACACUCACCAAGUUCUCCUCGGGCAGCAGCAUCGACAGCCACGUUCAGCGCCUCAUCCACCGAGACUCCACCAUCAGCAAUGACGUGUUCGUCUCUGUGGAUGACCUGGAGCCUCCAGGGCCCCCGGGCCCCAAAGACCCCAGACCAGAGGCUGAGCCGGGGGCGGAGGCCGGGCCCACGGGCACGGCCAUGGUGGAGCAGCAGUCAGUGGAGUUCGACUCUCCAGACUCGGGCCUGCCUUCCUCCCGCAACUACUCCGUGACCUCGGGCAUCCAGUCGAGCAUAGACGAGGGCCAGAUGGGCUUUGAGGAGGAGGACGGUGCUGGGGAGGAAGGCUCCGCCGGGAUGGUCCCCAAAGCCCAGGUCUCCGAGCCCCAAGAACCCGGCCAGGAGAAGGCCUUGCCGGCUGGCGAGCUGGAGGCCGGGGAGGAGCUCGCGGCCGUGUGCGCUGCUGCCUACACUAUAGAAUUACUGGACACCGUGGCCUUAAACCUGCAUCGCAUAGACAAGGACGUGCAGCGAUGUGACCGCAACUACUGGUACUUCACACCCCCCAACCUCGAGCGGCUCCGAGACGUCAUGUGCAGCUAUGUGUGGGAGCAUCUGGACGUGGGCUACGUGCAGGGCAUGUGCGACCUGCUGGCACCUCUCCUGGUCGUCCUGGACAAUGACCAGCUGGCCUACAGCUGUUUCAGCCACCUCAUGAAGAGGAUGAGCCAGAACUUCCCCAAUGGGGGUGCCAUGGACGCCCACUUUGCUAACAUGCGCUCCCUUAUCCAGAUCCUGGAUUCAGAGCUGUUUGAACUCAUGCAUCAGAAUGGAGACUACACCCACUUCUACUUCUGUUACCGCUGGUUCCUGCUAGAUUUUAAGAGAGGACCAGGGCCCUGGAGCUCUGUCUUGGCACGAGGCGACCCGUGGCGGCCAGGCCAUCUCAGCCCCCUCGCCCUCCCCAGAGCUGCCGUACGAGGAUGUAUUCGCUGUGUGGGAGGUGAUCUGGGCAGCCCGGCACAUCUCCUCGGAGCACUUUGUCCUGUUCAUCGCCCUGGCCCUGGUGGAGGCCUACCGAGAGAUCAUCCGCGACAACAACAUGGACUUCACCGACAUCAUCAAAUUCUUCAACGAGCGGGCUGAGCAUCAUGACGCCCAGGAGAUCCUGAGGAUUGCCCGGGACCUAGUCCACAAGGUGCAGACGCUCAUAGAGAACAAGUGAGGCCGCGGCCAGGAGGCAGCCGCCCGCCAGAGCCUGGGCUCCCGGCCAGGGGCCCCACACAGCGAGGUGCAGGGGCGGUGCAGCCAAGACUGCCCCGGCUCCCAGGCCCCGCGCCUGCUCCACUGUGUUCUAACAAAGUGCUUGUGAGCCUGGGAUCCGACUCCGGGCAGUGCCGGCCCCGCAGGGUGAUGCAGGGGCCAGAAGGCCCUGAGGUCAGGGCUGGGAAGGGAGGGGUCAGCCUCAGGGACUGACUGCCUUGGGGCACACCUACUCUACUCCCCUCCCAAAUACCUGGGGACAGCCCCAUUGCCACUGGCGUCCUGAGCCUGGACAGCUCCCCGUGGCCUCGCUGGGGCUCUGUAGAGUUAAGAGGGCUGUGGUUGCCCGGGCCCCAGCUGGGUGGGUUGAGGGGACCCUGGGCUGUCUCUCUUCUGAGCGUCCCUCUGCAGGCCCAGUGCCUGUGCACACACCGGCCCCAACAGGGGCAGGCGGAACAGCUGCCAGUUUGGGUGUGUGUCCUGGGUGCAGGAGUGUCCUGGGCUGCAUCCCAGGCCCUCCCCCGAGACCGCGGGACAGCCCAACAACAUGGGCCCUGGUGGGAACAACCCACCUUAGCAGCACUGCCACUGCCUUUGGCCACCCGAGGUGACCUCGUGCACCAUCACUCCCCACCCCCAUUAGCCUGUACAGUGCACCCAUGUGUAUCUGUACGGUGUCACUCAGCACCCUGCUCCUGCUUCGUGAGUUAGAUGCAUUCCUGAAAACUGUGUGAGUGAUGCUUUCGCCAGCAGAACAACCUAAAAUGUGGCAGAAGCACCUGCACAGGAACCCCAGGGUGGUUCUUUUAAGGAGGUGGUCCUUUCACGGCCUCCUCUCAGGAACAGGCUCUGGAGCCCCGGGCAGCCAUCUGUCCCCGGCAUCUGCUGAGUCCCUGAGGCGGAGGGGAGGGUGCUUGGAUCUCCCCAGCCUGCUCUUGGCGAGAAGCAAGGCUCGCUCUUCCUUCCACAUGCUUCUCAGGAUGCUAGAGACCCAGGAACCCCCUUGGAGCCUCAUUCACAGAGGUUCUAGGGGGGGCCCCAGCUCCUGACCCCAGGCAGGCCUAGUCAUACCGCUUGCUCCGUCGUCCCCACUGCCCCCCUCAUCAGUACACGCAGGAUGGUCCUUGUUCUGGGGCCAGGAGGCCGCUCUGCCACAGGGGCUGGGCCUGCCCAGCGAACACUGAGGUCUGGAGACUUCCUGUGUUUGAGAAACAUGAGAAAGAGCCCAGCAACCCCUCUGCACCCCACACAGUCACCCCAGCCGCGGGCACUGCACAGCCUGUUCAGGGGCAGCCUGCCCCAUUGCCCAUCCGUCGUCUGUGAGUCCUUGGCCUCCACCAAGCAUGGUGGCUUCUGUGUGCCUGCCUUAGUGACUCUGGUUUUGUGAGGAGCAGAGUGUGUAUGUUUUUUGGCUCAGAAACUAUACUCUUCAGCGUAACAGACCAAUAAACACAGCAUUUGGCAAUG